GCCUUCAGCUUAGCGAGUCCAGUUUAACUAUCAAUGUUGAGUGUCGUCGAACCCCAGGCUAUUGAUUUUGUGGAAGUGUGUGACGCUACAAAUGUAUGUGAUCUUGGCCUAAAAUAGUGAAGUGAUCCCACAUUUUCUGAACAGGUCGCAUCACAGAUCCUCAGAUCUAGGGUCAUGAAGGUUUAUGUAACCCUCAACUUUCAUCUCAAAGGCGCCAGGUUACUGGUAUUAAUACCAUGCCUACGCCCACUAUUUGAAUAUUGUCCACCUACAUUUAGCGGUGUUCACGGUAAAGAAAGACUAAAAAUAGGGGGUUUCCGAAGGUAUUUUACACCUACGUCUACGACUACUACUGAGACUGUUGCUACGUCUGCGUCUACCACUACUACUGCGAUCACGACUGCGUCUACUAGUACUGCUGCUAGUGCUGCUGCUACUAGUACUUCCACCGUUACUAUGGCCACCACUGCUACUACUGCUACCACUAAUACCACCGCUUCUACUACUAAUAACACUGCUAAUACCGUUACUGCUGCGGCUACAACUUCAACCAACACUAAUGUUACUACUACUACUACAGAUACGACU